GUUCCUCUUUUCCAGACCCACGCUCCUUAUACGCCUCACCAACCUCCGAUGAGCAUCAAAAACGAAGAACUCCAUUGCUUCACAUGUCGCAAGACCAAAGCGUUUAAGGACCUCAAGAGAUGUGGACGUUGCAAGGGACCUCUGUACUGUAGCCCAGAUUGUCAAAAGAAAGACUGGCCUUCUCACAAGGCCAACUGUGCCACGACAUCCGUUUGGUACGAUGGUUAUCGUGCUUGUCAAGAUGGUAGUUUGCAUGAGGGAGAGCUCGAGCUCAUAACUUGGGAAUGCUACGAGCCGGACUUUGGAUUGCAUCUCGGAUGGGGUGGAUGUUUUCGAGAAGAGUCAGAAGAUCUCAAACGUAAAUUUGAGAAGCAGUUUAACGGAGAUCUGAAGAAAUUCUUCAAUUAUCGACCCAACGCUUUCCGAUGGAGGUGUUGCGGUAUGUCUGGCGAUCAACAGUACGGUUGCGAUCAUCACGGUGCUGGAAAGAAACCGUGUACCUGUGAUUUUUGCAGGAUGGGAAAGCCACUCACCGACAGUAUUUACCGCAAGGUUAACCAGGCGCGGAUGGGACUCAAUCUGCGCAGAGGACCAGAUCCAAGGUCAUACAAUGCUUCUUUAGCCGUGAUGAGCGAGAUAGGUCGGUCAAUGUUGGGAUUAGACGAUUAGAAGUUCAGGCGAUGAGGUUUCCUUGACAACAGAGAAUAAACUACUCCGAAGAGCAGUUCUGGAGGAAGUCUUGCAAUAUCGUGUAGUUCGCGUAGGGUUUUCGAUUUCAGAGACGCCGGAGCGUCUCACAUCUUGGACCUACACCACCUUACACCUCAUCACCUACUUUUCUUACGUGAAUGAACCUUGAAUAAUACGAUCUCAACCUUUUCGACGCGUCAGAUCGAGGUCUCAAAGGCGGAGUACAAUCGAUGGAGGACAUUUCUUAUUUUCUGGUCGAGGUCGAAGGUCGCGGAAGGCAUUGAAAACACAUGUACAAAAAAAGAUACUUAUCCUCGUUUGAAACCAUUCGAUACACGGUUUCGAGUUCAUUAGCCAAAUAUCUUGAAAUUUUAUGUCACCGCGCUUCGCGCCACCAUCCCAAUGUCGGCACAAGCUGAAGGGAGAACCUCGACAUGGUGGAGGUAAUUGGUCGUGCCGAAACUCUUAUCAAGGAAUAUACAGGAGAAAAAUACCUGAAACUUAUUGUCACUUUUCGAUACAUGUCUCGAACGAUGCGGUGGGACAGGGGGGAAAUUUGAACGAAGGGGACGUGAAGGCAAUCGAUUCUCUGAAUCCGGAACCCCAACAGUUCACGACCCUACUACCACGUACUUCGCAAGACUGGGGCUUGUAGUAAUCGGAGAGGCACAAGUGGCUUCAGUCGGCAUCACAUCCACAGGAAUCCGGCAACGAAUUAACAACACUUCGAGUCCGUUGUCCCGUAGUCAUUGCGUUUGAACUGGCCUUCCCGAUGAUCUUCACAGCCUCGAUUAUCAUCCGACGGACGGCGCAGAUGUGACGCACUCUCGACCGAGAAGUUGUUGGCCUUUCAAAUUAAGAUCUUCAUCGACAUUGAGCAGACGAAGGACUUGAUUUUGCGCCAGGCUUGUCACAGCACAAGCGUUAGAAUUUUAGAUCGCUUCUCGUGACGCCGGUUUGAGCAAUAGCACCUUAAAUGUCGGACAGAGCCCUUCGAAUAUCAAUGCAACCGUCGUUACCCCAUCUCAUCUACGCAAAACUUUACAUACCCAUAUUCAAUUCUUCCCCCCCCCUCGGAACACAACGCCUCAAAUCCUACUCAAGCCACUUCCUUCAAAUUGUCACCAUGAAGCCGAAGCCCACAUGCAUUCUUUACUAGAAGACGCUUUGGAAAAGUCUGAAACCGUUGGAAGACGUCUUGAAACAGAGCGUAAGAGUUCCAUUCGAGAGAUUGAGAGAAGUAAGGGUUGGACGCAGGUCAGCCCGCAGGAUAGGGAACAACGUCAUUGACUUUGAGAUUCGAACGCCACUGGAGUAAACCGGCCUCGUGUGAAGCCAAGUAUGGGAUAGAACAGCUGGAAACGACCAAGCGACCUCGAGAAUGGGAGAACUUUAUCUGAAGUUCAUAGGACAUCAUUUCAACUUCGUGUCUUACAAGACACGAAAAAUGAAAGAUGUUAAGGUUUUUCUCACUUCCGUUACCUCUCUUCUCCUCAUUCGUCUCCAGAUCCUACGAUUCCCCUACGGGAACGGACCUCGAUACGAUGUAACAUACUCUGCGAUAUACUAUGCGUGGUGUUGAAGUGUUCGGUCGCAAGCAGCCUCGAAUCUUAUUGUGUAGCAUACUCGGAUAGGCGGUAGGGACAGUUGUGCUUCUGAACACGUAAGGAAAUAGAGGGCCAUGCGC